CCCUGUGAAAACGAAAAAAAAAAAGGUUGGCUGGAGAGGAGGUUAAAUCACGGAAAAGAUAUGUGCUGUUGGUUAAUCUGGUGAGGGGGAUCAAGAGGAAAGAGAGUGAGCAGCUGCUGAAAUUUUCUGUUCACUAUUUUUUGGUUCCCUGUGCUGUAGAGAUAUGGAGUCAGCCAUUAAGACCGUCGUGACAACGUUUCUCAGUUCUGCCAGAGGGAAGGAGAACCUUGAUUCAAAAUCUUUCCAGAAGCUGGUCCAGAAACAGCUCGGUGGUGUCAUGGAGGACACCAACAGUAGUUCCGCCGUUAAGGAGAUGCAGCAGGGCCUGGACCAGAACAGUGACGGAAAAGUCAGCUUCCAGGAAUACCUCACUCUGAUUGGCUACAUUGCAAACAGCCUCAGUCAGAGCAAAACCGAAUCCAAAGCAAAUGCAUCAUGAAGAAGAGGCCUGCAUGAAACUAAAACACACCUUCCUCCUACUUAAACUGAAACAUUCCAACUAGCAUAUAAAAUGUCUUUCUAUCUUGGAUAUCUGUAAUAUUUUACUGAAUGGCAUUUUUUUUUUUCUAAACCUUUGCUUAAUUUUAUUUUAUUUUUUUUAAUCCAAACAGUCCCACACAUAAAAGUUCUUGGUUGGUCUUUUUUAUAAAAACUUUAAAUAGAAAACAUGGUUUGCAAAUAAAAGCUUUGUAUCAAAACUGA